AGCCACAGGCCGGUGCGGGAUGCGCCCCGCAGCCGCGCCGCGUGCGCCCGGCAGAGGCGGCCCUGCGUGCCGUACGCUGCGUCCGGGGCGCGCCCGCCGCUAUUCGGGAAGCUAUUCAGCUUCCCGGGCUCAUUAGCAGUCGCGGUGUGCGGCUCGGCGCGGGCUCACAAAGAGCUCGGCCUCGCGGACGGAGCCGGCGGCGGCGGGGCGGGGACGGCGGCGUACCGGGGCAGCCCAGCGCCCGGGCCAGUCUCCUGAAUAUUUACGCAUUGCCGAAUCUCCUGUGGACAAACCACCAACAGGCCAGGACUGUCCCGUGGACAGACGGGGUGAGCCUCUUCCUGUGUCUGGAGAUUCUGAAAAGAUUUGAUCACCAGGCAGGAGAUUUUUCGGGACAUUACCAGACCACUCAUUUUCGUGGCUGCCUCUGGGUGAUGAUGGCCGCAUGAGCACCCGCCAUGGCCCACCGGAAGCGUGAGAACGCAGGGAGCGGCAUGUUGGACCAUAGGGUGAGACCGGGUCCUGUCCCCCACAGCCAGGAGCCCGAGAGUGAGGACAUGGAGCUGCCCUUGGAGGGCUAUGUGCCCGAGGGCCUGGAGCUGGCUGCCCUGCGGCCAGAGAGCCCCACGCCCGAGGAACAGGAGUGCCACAACCAUAGCCCCGAUGGGGACUCCAGUUCCGACUAUGUGAACAACACCUCCGAGGAGGAGGACUAUGACGAGGGCCUCCCUGAGGAGGAGGAGGGCAUCACCUACUACAUCCGCUACUGCCCCGAGGACGACAGCUACCUGGAGGGCAUGGACUGCAAUGGGGAGGAGUACCUGGCUCACGGCGCGCACCCCGUGGACACUGACGAGUGCCAGGAGGCGGUGGAGGAGUGGACGGACUCCGCGGGCCCACACCCCCAUGGCCACGAGGCUGAAGGCAGCCAGGACUACCCGGAUGGCCAACUGCCCAUCCCGGAGGAUGAGCCCUCUGUCCUUGAGGCCCACGACCAGGAAGAAGACGGUCACUACUGUCCCAGCAAAGAGGGCUACCAGGACUACUACCCCGAGGAGGCCAAUGGGAACACGGGCGCCUCCCCCUACCGCCUGAGGCGCGGGGAUGGGGACUUGGAGGACCAGGAGGAGGACAUCGACCAGAUAGUGGCAGAGAUCAAGAUGAGCCUGAGCAUGACCAGCAUCACCAGCGCCAGUGAGGCCAGCCCCGAGCAUGGACCUGAGCUGGGGCCUGGGGACUCUGCAGAGGCCUGCCCACCCAUCAAGGCCAGCUGCAGCCCCAGCAGGCACGAGGCGAGGCCCAAGUCACUGAACCUCCCUCCCGAGGCCAAGCACCCCGGAGACCCCCAGAGAGGCUUCAAGCCCAAGACCAGGACCCCAGAAGAGAGGCCAAAGUGGCUCCCAGAGCAGGUUUGCAAUGGUCUGGAGCAGCCAAGGAAGCAGCAGCGCUCUGAUCUCAAUGGACCUGUUGACAAUAACAACAUUCCAGAGACAAAGAAGGUGGCAUCAUUUCCAAGUUUUGUGGCUGUUCCAGGGCCCUGUGAACCAGAAGACCUCAUCGAUGGGAUCAUCUUUGCUGCCAAUUACCUGGGGUCCACCCAGCUGCUGUCAGAACGGAACCCUUCCAAAAACAUCAGAAUGAUGCAAGCGCAGGAGGCCGUCAGCCGGGUCAAGAGGAUGCAGAAGGCUGCUAAGAUCAAGAAAAAAGCGAAUUCUGAGGGGGAUGCCCAGACACUGACGGAAGUGGACCUCUUCAUUUCCACCCAGAGGAUCAAGGUUUUAAAUGCAGACACGCAGGAAACCAUGAUGGACCACGCCUUGCGUACCAUCUCCUACAUCGCCGACAUUGGGAACAUUGUGGUGCUGAUGGCCAGACGCCGCAUGCCCCGGUCAGCCUCUCAGGACUGCAUCGAGACCACACCCGGGGCCCAGGAAGGCAAGAAGCAGUAUAAGAUGAUCUGCCAUGUGUUCGAAUCAGAGGAUGCCCAGCUCAUCGCCCAGUCCAUCGGCCAGGCCUUCAGCGUGGCCUACCAGGAGUUCCUGCGAGCCAAUGGCAUCAACCCCGAAGACCUGAGCCAGAAGGAGUACAGCGAUAUCAUCAACACCCAGGAGAUGUACAACGACGACCUCAUCCACUUCUCCAACUCGGAGAACUGCAAGGAGCUGCAGCUGGAGAAGCACAAGGGCGAGAUCCUGGGCGUGGUGGUGGUGGAGUCAGGCUGGGGCUCCAUCCUGCCCACGGUGAUCCUGGCCAACAUGAUGAAUGGCGGCCCGGCCGCCCGCUCAGGGAAGCUGAGCAUCGGGGACCAGAUCAUGUCCAUCAAUGGCACCAGCCUGGUGGGGCUGCCGCUCGCCACCUGCCAAGGCAUCAUCAAGGGCCUGAAGAACCAGACACAGGUGAAGCUCAACAUCGUCAGCUGUCCUCCGGUCACCACGGUCCUCAUCAAGCGGCCAGACCUCAAGUACCAGCUGGGCUUCAGUGUGCAGAAUGGCAUUAUUUGCAGCCUCAUGAGAGGGGGCAUUGCCGAGCGAGGGGGCGUCCGCGUUGGCCACCGCAUCAUCGAGAUCAACGGGCAGAGCGUGGUGGCCACAGCCCACGAGAAGAUAGUCCAAGCUCUGUCCAACUCGGUCGGAGAGAUCCACAUGAAGACCAUGCCCGCCGCCAUGUUCAGGCUCCUCACGGGCCAGGAGACCCCGCUGUACAUCUAGGCCCCCCCAGCCUGGCCACGCAGCCUGGACACCGGGCAGGGCCACCCGGGCCCGGAGGAGCUGGGAGCCGGGCCGCAGAUUUGACCCCGACGCCACAGCCCAGCCACGGACACUGGCUCCCCAAAGGGCGUGCCCUCACCGCCCACUUGGUUUCUUUUCUUUGUUUUCAUUUUGCCAAAAAGGGGUGUGUCUUGAUCAAAGGAGAGUCACAGAACAAAUGUUUGUAAAGCGUUCAAGUAUUUUGCCACGUUCUGGACUGUCUUCUCCCUGCACCAGCCAGGGUGUGUCUCGCUAGCCGUGCGUGGUGUGACCAGCCAGGGUGUGUCUCGCUAGCCGUGCGUGGUGUGACCAGCCAGGGUGUGUCUCGGUAGCUGUGCGUGGUGUGACCAGCCAGGGUGUGUCUCGCUAGCCGUGCGUGGUGUGACCAGCCAGGGUGUGUCUCGGUAGCCGUGCGUGGUGUGGAAUGUAUGUCUUUCCUCCCUGAAGCUGUGCGGAGUGAACUGGGGCCUCCAAGAGAGGCGGCUCCCAGGGCAGGGCAGCCAUCAACCCUGCCUCCCGCCCUCUUGGCCGGGAUGUCUGGGGUCCUGUGGGGCCCCCGCAGUGGUCCCAAACAGCUGCCUCUGCCACUGACGGCAGGGACACAGGCAGCCCGGCUCCCAGGACAUGACUUGUAAUGCAAGUUUGGGGACAUGUGAUGGAUUGUAAAUAAAGGAUGAUGGCCACAACACGAAAACUCCCUAUUUAUUUAGAUACUAUUACUGUUUGGACUUUUAUUUUGGCAGGCUGUUUUUCAGACUUGAGGGUUUUCCAGUGUGACCCAUGACCACACCUGCCUCUCCUGUAGUCUCUCCCGGAAGCCCUCCCAGCCGGCUGCAUCCCCGGGCAGGGCUCCCACAGAGACAGGGAGGGCGCAGGCAUCUGCCCCCGCUUUAAAGUCGAUCUACACACACUCCUCCAGGCACGUGCGCCUUCGAGGAAACAAAACCCAGGCUAGACAACGCGACCUCGGCCACGCCGAAGGCAGCCAGCCGUGAGUGCAGACCCCUCGGCCAGCGUGGCACGGCAGCCCUGAGCAGUAGUGGUGUGUGUGUAGAUCAAGUCAGAUCUAGUCCAGCUCAGUUCAUUAGCGAUCCAUGUAAUCUGAUGUCAUCUUGUCCCAAAGUCUCUUUUUUUGGCCCAGGCCUUGAAGAAUACACUGUGACUUAAGAAGCCUUACCACGCAGUAACUACAGCUUUAGGAUGAUUGUAUUCGAGGAGUGCCGUGUGUUGCAUGCAGCUGCCCGUAGGAAGACUUUGCGCAUAUCACUAAUAAACCCGAAGUCGUGA